AUGUAAAGCAGUACCCCUUUUUUACUUUCUGAAUAAGAGACUCAAUAGUUUUUAAAUCUUCUUUAAUUAGAAAAAUUGAAAGAAGGUGAGUGUAAGUUAAAGUAUUUGGAAGCAUUGGUAUAAAAAACUUAAGAAGUUAUUCCAUUUUAGAAUCUAUUUUUACUUCAACAUAAAUUUGAAUAAAGAAAUUAGCUGAGCUUCUAGGAAAUAAAGAAAUUAGUCUUAACUGGUACAGGUGGAUAUUGUUUAGUUAUAAGUCCUGUAUUUUGUGGCUUAUUACAAAGUUUAGGAUAUUAAGCUUCCUUAAUUUGUGGCUCAUGUAGAGGAAUUCCUAAAAACCACGCUGCAAUAUUAGUAAAUAAUUUGUUAGAAAAUGAAGACAAAUACUUAGUCGAAGUUUCAAUUGGGUUCAAAAAUAAACCUUUAAAAAUUGAUUUUGAUAAGAAAAGCGAAUUAUAUAAUUACUCUUUUGGAUAAUUUUAUUUUGAGUGGUAAAAUGAUUAGAAACAAAUUUUAAAUAGAAUAGAUGAAAAAAAUUAAUUUUUUUGUUAAUAUUCACUUAACAUCACAUUCAAAGAUUAUGAGGAUUUAUUGUUUAAUGAAGGGAACGUUUAUACAGAUGUAAAUAAAUCUCCUUUUCACAAAUUUUUAAGGAUAAUAAGAUUUCCAUCUUCUGGUGCAGUUUGUAUAAGAGAUAAUUAGCUAUUAAUAGAAAAUCUUUCCACAAAUAAACUAGAAAUUAAAGACACAAUAAAUAGUAUAGAUCAAUUUAAUAGGCAUAUUUAAGAAUUAUUUCCUUAAAUAGAUAAAUAAAUGUCUACUUUAGCUUACAAAAAUUUUUAGCUAUCAUAAAAUUUAGUUUAAAAUUGA